AUGGGGAAAGGCCUUGUCACCGAUGCCCCGGAUGGCGCAGGGGCGGCGGCGGCGGCCUCUCCUGCUGCUGGGCUAACAGCUGCCAAGGUCACGAAGAAGAAGAAGAAGACCAAGAGCGUUGCUGUGGAAGAUGAGAGCUCCGCGAAAAAGAAGAAGAAGAAGAAGGCCGCGUCGGAAGGAGACGACGAUAAGGCCAAGACCAAGAAAGUCAAGAAGAAACGGGCUCGGGACGAAGGGGACGACACCGAAGGAGGCGGUAGCGCCGCCGAGGCCACGACGGGGACGAUCUCCGCGACGGAGGCGGCAGUAAUCGUCUCCAACGGCGCUGCUGCUGCUGCGCCGGCGAAGCGCGUGCGGACGCGAUCGAUGGAUGCCGCGGAGGCUGCAGCGGCGGCGGGGGCCGGCGAGGGAGCAGCAGCAGCAGCAGGAGUGCAACACCCGAGCGUUGACGAGUUUGACAUCAGCGAGACGACCAAGGGACACCUCCGGAACAGGGGGAUCACCACCCUCUUCCCAAUCCAGGCUCAGACGUUCGAGCACAUCCGGAGGGGCAAGGAUUUGAUUGGCCGAGCCCGCACGGGCAUGGGCAAGACGCUCGCCUUCGCCGUGCCCGUGAUCGAGAAGCUGCUCAUGGCCGGGGCGGGCAGCCUGAAGCCCGGCCGCAAGCCCAGGGUGCUGGUAAUGGCUCCCACUCGAGAGCUGGCGAAACAGGUUGCGGCGGACUUCGAGCUGACGGCGCCAUCUCUCAAGACCACGUGUAUAUACGGAGGGGCACCGUAUCGUCCCCAGGAGGACGCCCUGAGGUGGGGGGUGGACGUUGUGGUUGGAACGCCGGGACGGCUGCUUGACCACGUCGGCAGGGGCACGCUCCAGCUCUCGGACGCGGAGUUUAUCAUCCUCGACGAGGCCGAUCAGAUGCUCGACAUGGGGUUUAAGGAGGAGAUGGAAAAGGUCUUCGAGGCGUGCGGGGAGGAGGGGGAGCAGGGCCGCCAGAUGCUGCUCUUCAGCGCGACGAUGCCCCCAUGGGUGGACAAGGUGGUGAAGGAGUACAUGAAGGAGGACCGCGUGUUUAUCGACCUGGUGAAGGAGGGUACGGUGAAGGCCUCCAAGGACGUCGAGCACAUCGGCAUCCCUUGCCAUUGGACGAGCCGGUCGAGCACGAUCAACGAUAUCGUCAGCGUGUACGGGGCCGGCGGCAACAAGCGGACCAUCGUCUUCUGCACCACCAAGCGCGACUGCAACGAGCUGUGCAUGGACCCCAAGAUGACAUACGACUGCCAGGCACUGCACGGAGACAUCACCCAGGCAAACCGGGAGUCGACGCUAGCCGGGUUCAAGAAGGGCUCGUUCAAGGUCCUGGUGGCUACCGACGUUGCCGCCCGGGGCCUGGACAUGAUUGUAGACCUCGUGCUCAAUGCUGAGCCGCCCACCCACCAGUCCGGCCGCGUGGACACAGAGUCGUACGUUCACCGCUCGGGGAGGACCGGCAGGGCGGGGCGCAAGGGCAUGUGCAUCACGCUCUACACCCCGCGCCAGCGGGGGGGGCUCGGCGAGAUCGAACGCCACAUCGGCAACGACUUCGCGUGGCGGGGGGCUCCGCAGCCUGAUGACAUCGUUAACGCCUCCGCCGGUGCGGCGAUCGACGACAUACGAGCGGUGGACGACAGCGUCAUCGACCUAUACAAGACCGCCGCCGAGCAGCUAAUCGACGAGAAGGGCGCCCUGAACGCUCUCUGCGCGGCGCUGGCCUGCAUGACCGGACGCACGGAGGCCAUGCCGGUCCGCUCCCUGCUGAGCAACAGCGAGGGGCACGUGACGAUCAUCUUCCGGAGCGACCACCCGAUCGAGUACAUGGCGUACUGCUGGACCGCGAUCAGGAAAGUCUUGUCCAGCGCGGCGGCUGACAACAUCCGUGGCAUGCAGCUGUCAGAAGAUGGGCUGGCUUGUGUAUUCGACGUUCCAGAGGAGCACAUGGAAGGGGUCAGGGACGUCUGCGAGAGAGAAGACUGGCUCGACAUAUGCACCGAGCUCCCGCCCCUGAAGGGGGCGAGGGAGGGGAAGGGGGUGAACGGGAUUCGAUUGUGAUGUCGGCGCAUUAGCGGGGGGCGUCAAGUGACUCUUACGAUUGCGGUCGGAUGUACUGGUAGGUAGUAUGAAGGUGCACCCCAUUUGUUGUCAUUGUUGUAGCAUCGAAAGUCGUUCCAGCCUCAGCAACAUAAAUCCUGGUGUUGUCCGUUUGCUGAUAUACUCUUUCUUGUCUCGAUGGGCUAGUAAGUAAGUGGAAAGGGAGGAAAAAGUAACUGUUUUUUUCCUUGGUUGACCAACCGGUGCGAAUCGAUGCGCAUUCGUUUUGGUAUUACUGCUGCAGAAGGACGAUCACUCUGCCGGCACAUCGUUUUGAGUAAUACACAAAAG